UUAACUAUGUCCUCACAGUUUAGACCGAAGCUCGUGGGUAAAAGCAUACGAUAGCAAUCUUGACUAAGUCUCUGUUGUGGCUGUUCCGUACUCAGGUUUCUUCCUCUCUCCACCUGAAUAAGCAUUGCGUCUGGGGCUGUCUCUUCCGAGAUGUUUUGGACUUGAAAUGGAGAUUUGGGUGCUUACCAGAUUUGAAAUAAGACAGAAGCUAUUUUUUUGUCCUUCUUACAAAUACAUGCUUGAAUAAGUCAUCACGAUGCCAGCCUUACCACUGGAUGAACUCCAGCUUACGGAAAAGGAUCCGAAGACAGGGAAGCUGAGGACUUUACCAGCCCUGUGUCCAGAAAUAAAAGCAGAUCGGUCUUUUGUGCUAUAUAGACCACCACCUGUUGUCAGAGACCCUGCCUUAGUGGAAGAAUUCUUGGAGCGAGCAAAAUUCAUUGCAAAUGAUCUGGACUGGCUUCUGGCUUUGCCUCAUGACAAAUUUUGGUGCCAGGUGAUAUUUGAUGAGACACUUCAGAAAUGUCUGGAUUCCUAUCUGUGCUAUGCCCCUCGCAAGUUUGAUGCAUUGUUGGAUUUCCAUCCAGAAGUGAAUGACAUGCAGAAAUGUCUUCAUCGGAGUGUCUUUCUAACCUUCCUCAGGAUGUCCACUCACAAGGAAUCCAAGGAUCAUUUUAUCACUCCCUCUGUCUUUGGAGAAAUUAUUUACAACAACUUCCUGUUUGACAUCCCUAAGAUUCUGGAUCUCUGUGUCCUUUUUGGAAAAGGAAAUGGUCCCCUGCUCCAGAAGAUGAUUGAAAAUAUCUUCACUCAGCAACCGAGUUACUUCAGUGACCUAGAUGAAACUCUGCCCACUGUCCUCCAGGUAUUCAACAAUAUCUUGCACAAAUGUGGCUUGCAGUGUGAGGGAGCCUCUGCUGAGCCCCAGAAACUGGAAGAAAGAGUAAAUGUGACUCCUGGGAACAUGCCUCUCCAGGAGCUGAAGGAUAUUGUGCUGUACUUGUGUGACACUUGCACGACACUCUGGGCGUUUCUUGAUGUCUUCCCAUUGGCUUGCCAGACCUUCCAAAAACGUGACUUUUGCUACAGAUUAGCUUCGUUUUAUGAAUUGGCAAUUCCUGAGCUGGAAUCUGCAAUUAAGAAGAGGCAUUGUGAGGAUAACAGUGUUUUUGCUGAUUUGUGGAGGAGAAUUUCCCAUUCCAGGAAGAAGGUGAUGGAAGCUUUUCACAUCGUUAUAAACCAAAUCUGUCUACAGCCCAUCUUAGAAAGCAGUUGUGAGAAUAUUCAGCCUUUUAUUGAGGAAUUUCUACAGAUCUUCACUUCAGUGCUUCAGGAAAGGAGAUUUCUCCGUGACUAUGACGAACUGUUUCCUGUUGAAGAUGAUGUCAGUCUGCUUCAGCAAGCAUCCUCCACAUUAGAUGAGACCAGGACAGCCUAUAUCCUCCAAGCAGUGGAAAGUGCAUGGGAAGGAGAAGACAGGAAAAAAGCACAAGCUGUUAAAGAUCCAACACCACUAGCAGCAUCUAAUGCAGCAUCAGCAAAGGUGGAGAACAAUUCUGAGGAUCUGGAAGAGCUUGGGGCUGCGUAUGCAUCGGAGGAUGAGUGUGCCAGUGCAGCGGCUGCACCCACUGCCAAGGUGUCAGGAGUGGAGCUGGACUCCCUGAUCUCUCAAGUGAAAGACCUGCUGCCAGACCUUGGCGAAGGCUUCAUCCUGGCCUGCCUGGAAGAGUAUGGUUACAACACGGAGCAAGUAAUCAACAACAUCCUAGAAGAUAAGCUGGUGCCAUCCUUGGAUAAGCUGGAGCGAACAAUGCAAAGACAGCUAAAGCCAGACCCUACUCCUCUAGUGACUUCUCGCUACAAUGUUUUCCAGAAUGAUGAGUUUGACGUUUUCAGUAGGGACUCGGUGGAUGUUUCUCGGAUACAAAAAGGCAAGCGGAGGGAGAAGGACACAACCAGGAGUUUGCUGAAUGACAAACGCCUGAUUGCUGAGCAGAAGGAGCGCUACAGCCAGUACAGCGUGGUUGUGGAGGAGGUUCCUGUGCAGCAAGGAGAAGCUCAGUUCUACAAGGAGGACUAUGAGGACGAGUACGAUGACACUUAUGAUGGAAACCAAGUGGGGGCAAAUGAUGCCGACUCAGAUGAUGAGCUGAUUAGUAGGAGGCCAUUCACCACUCCUCAAGUCUUGAGACCAAAAGGACAGGAGGAUGGACAAGAGGAGGAGGAGGAGGAGGAUGAAGAAGAGGAGGAGGAAGCCGAAAAGGAAAGAACUAAGCAGGACCAUUUUGUGCAGGACCCAGCUGUAUUGAGGGAGAGAGCUGAAGCCAGACGGCUAUCUUACCUGGCAAGGAAGGGGCACAAGCACGACAGCUCCGCUGUUGUUGGGAAUGCGAAGGGACACGGGCAGAACCAGGAAACAGUGCAGGAACGAAGGAAGAAGGAAGCAAACAAAAGCACAAGAGCUAAUCAUAAUCGACGGGUCAUGGCUGACAGAAAGCGGAAUAAAGGCAUGAUUCCUUCCUGAAAGACUCUCACCCCAGGUGUUGCAUCAUCGCCAGUCCUUGGCGUAGGGGACAGUUGUGCUGUGUUCCCUUGGCCCUCCCUUAGCUCAGGGGACUGGAUGUUGUGGUUCAAUACCUGGCACUUCAUCUCGCUGCAGAAUUGCACGUUCUGUGGGAGGGUUGCCCGUUCAUGAAAAGGAACUGCCCACCAGGCAGAUUGUCUGCUGUUCAGCUCACAGAGAGAAACGUAUAUGACAAUAGGCCACACCUCAGAUGCGCUGGACAGGCUGCACGAGCUGUACAUUUCCUUUUGUACUAUUUAUAAUUCGGAGAACUUUAUUUUUAUACUGGCUCCUCAUGCCCUUGCUGCAACUACAAGGGGGCUUCCAGGCCACGCAGCUGACAGCUCUGAGAGCAACCAUGUGAGUUGCAGCAAGGCUUCCCUGGAGCAGCCCUCACAGCUCUCUGCUCCACUGAAAUGCCUUAUCCUGCAGGGAAACUUGAAGGUUGAUAGGAAAACACUCGGGCUAUUCCAGUUGCCGACAGACACUUGGGAGUUCAGGUGAAUGAGAACGUAUCAUAAAUUUCUGUCCCUCAAGUGAGGUGUGUGAAAACAGAACAUGCAAAUAAAUGAUUUAAAUCUUUUAGUUGGUGUUUUUAGGCUCUUAAAAACUCUAAUGAUCUUUAAGCUAGAGGAACCUUAACCAACCCUUUACUGUGCUGUGUAUCUGCAGGCAGCGAAAUUCGCUUGCUGUUUUGUGUUGGUUGAGUGAAGUGAGAUUUAGCCACAACCACUGAGACUACAGAUACUUGAAAAUCGGCAUUAAGGUGCCCUAAGCAAGAUGACAGUAGUAUGGAAAUCAGAGUUGAAGGCAGCAGGGUCAGAGUCCCUGGGGAGCUGCCUCCUCAAUAACUGCUUGUCACACUCGGUGAAGCAGAACUGCCCUGAUCAUCAUGUUUGCUGUUAGGAAGGCUGGGAGCUAAUAGUAAGUAACAGUUUGUUGCUGCCGAAGGGACUUCUCUUGAGGACCAUCUUUGUUAGAAGUCACUCCCUGCAUACUGAGACCCAAAUUAUUGAGUUUACUUUGUAACCUAUUUGUAAGGUGCUCAAAGGCCAUGGCAAUAGCUGCUAUGCUGUUCAAUUCAUUCUUGUCACAGAGUAUCAGCCCGUUUUUAGAGUGCUGUUUGCAUCAUGGAGACUAAGGUAAAUGGGCUCUACUUAGCCAUUUCCCCUGCCUUCCCCCACUGUGUGUUUUUCUAGUACUGCCAUAUAAAGCGGAGCAGACAAAGCUGCAUGUGGUUGUCAUCCACAUGCUGCAUAAAUUAGCACUAGAUUUUGUAGCGUUAGAGGUGUUGUUUGGGGGUUAAUCUAGUGCUGUCUGCCCCUUUUCAAAUGCUGCAGGAAAGCUUUUGUAAUAAGCUCUGUGCGCACGUACCUUGCUGCCUAGUUUUACGCAGAGGGCGGGGACUACAUGGCUAUAUGAUUAGUACUGCUGCCAAACACGAUUGUGCUGGAGCUGUUUUCAAAAAGUGUAGAAAUGACUAUCACCGUUAUGCAAAUAAGAUAAAGUCCUGAAUGCUGUGAGGACAAGAUUUUUCUCUGCAUAUCACUACUGUCCAAGCCCCUAUGACAAGGCAUAGGAAAAAGGGAAUGGCAUUUACUUCUCAAAAUCCCCUGCCAAAGGAAAUUACUCGCCAGGAUAACUAACUCCCUACUCUUCUAUAGCUACUGUUCUCUGAACUAAUAGCUUCAUUUACUCUCUGCUAGCCUUCACUGCUCUCUUCCCCCCUCCUAAUACUGUAUUCAUCUUUGGUUCUUGCUUCUAAAAAGCUGCAAAUCUCUAUUACCUGCUCAGCAUAGCAUGAAGCUAUCAGCACUGCAGACAGAACUCAUAGCAGGGCAGGCAGUCUUAUGUUGCAUGACAUUAUCCCAAGGAAGUUUAAACCUUUCCUCCUAAGUGUCUCUAUAAAAGCACAGCUGGGACUGUGAAGGCUGAAGUUGGUUUCUGCUCAAAAAUAAGCACAAUGUUUCAAGUUCUCUUAAUAUUCUAAGAGUAAAUGUUUUACUCCUCUGAGACCCAGUUACAAACCCAAUAAAGCUUCUUUCAUUAUCACAGGC